GUGUUGAGCUUAACCCACAACCCCACUUCUGUAGCACCCUCGCCCACCGACUCAAUAUCUUUGUUUUUUCUUUUUGUAUUUAAUUCCAGAUUUACAUCUCCAUCUUUCAAGAUUAUUAUUAAUUUGGGUCGCUCAAUCGUGUGUGAGAGAAAGAGAGAGAGAGAGAUUUCCGCUAAAUUGAUCUACUUUUUCGGAACCCAAGUUCAAUAUAACCUAAAAGAGGCUCAAUUCAUCAGCAGAGAUUGGGUUUCUUGAGCUUAACUUGUUAAAGAUCAGUGCUUUUUGCCACCUGAUGUGAUUGGCUGCAUCAUGGCAACAAAGGGAAACCCAGGAGACAAUCGAACAAGAAGUUCCGUUACUAUAUUCAUAGUUGUCGGUUUAUGUUGUUUCUUCUAUCUAUUGGGCGCAUGGCAAAGAAGCGGUUUCGGUAAAGGCGACAGCAUAGCGUUAGAGGUCACCAAAACCGGUGCCGAUUGCAACAUUGUUCCAAAUCUCAACUUCGAGACCCAUCACGGAGGUGACGCCAAGAUUGACCAGUCAAACAAAGUCAAAGAAUUCAAGCCAUGCAGCGCUAAAUACACCGAUUACACCCCAUGCCAUGAUCAGAAACGCGCUAUGACGUUUCCAAGAACCGAUAUGAUUUAUCGAGAACGGCAUUGUCCUCCUCAAGAACAGAAGUUGAAGUGUCUAAUUCCUGCUCCUAAAGGCUACGUAACGCCGUUUUCAUGGCCUAAGAGUCGGGAUUACGUUCCGUUUGCUAAUGCGCCUUAUAAAGCGUUGACGGUUGAGAAGGCUAUUCAAAAUUGGAUUCAAUACGAGGGUAAUGUGUUUAGGUUUCCGGGUGGCGGGACCCAGUUUCCUCAAGGGGCUGAUGCUUAUAUUGAUCAACUUGCGUCUGUAAUCCCGAUUGAUAAUGGGACUGUAAGGACUGCAUUGGAUACUGGUUGCGGGGUCGCGAGUUGGGGAGCAUACUUAUGGAAAAGAAAUGUCGUAACAAUGUCAUUUGCUCCGAGAGACAAUCACGAAGCACAAGUUCAAUUUGCUCUUGAACGAGGUGUACCCGCCAUUGUAGGUGUUCUUGGCUCAAUAAAAUUACCGUAUCCAUCUAAAGCUUUCGACAUGGCCCACUGCUCUCGAUGCUUGAUUCCAUGGGGAUCAAACGAUGGGAAAUACAUGAUGGAAGUUGAUAGAGUACUUAGACCCGGUGGGUUUUGGGUGCUUUCUGGCCCACCGAUUAACUGGAAAAACAAUUACAAAUCAUGGCAACGGCCGAAAGAGGAUCUUGAAGAAGAACAGAGGAAUAUUGAAGAGGUUGCUAAGCUUCUUUGCUGGAAGAAAAUAUCCGAAAAGGGUGAAACGGCUAUUUGGCAAAAAACGUCAAAUCCUGAGUCGUGUCGUGGUUCAGAAGAUGCUCCUGGAGUUAAUUAUUGCUCCGACGAUCCCGAUGAUGUUUGGUACAAGAAAAUGGAGAAAUGUGUAACGCCUGCAACCUCAAACGCUGACGUGGAAUAUAAACCAUUUCCCGAAAGGCUCAACGCAAUCCCGCCACGCAUUGCUUCUGGGUCGGUUCCCGGAGUAUCUGAAGAUAAAUACUUGGAAGAUAACAGACAAUGGAAGAAACAUGUAAAUGCAUACAAAAAAAUUAAUAGUAUUAUUGAUUCAGGAAGGUAUAGAAACAUCAUGGAUAUGAAUGCGGGUUUUGGAGGGUUUGCGGCUGCUCUUGAGUCUCCGAAAUUGUGGGUUAUGAAUGUGGUCCCCACUUUGGCUGAUAACACUCUUGGAGUUAUAUACGAACGUGGGCUUAUUGGUAUCUAUCAUGACUGGUGUGAAGCUUUUUCAACAUACCCGCGGACAUACGAUCUCAUUCAUGCCAAUGGUUUAUUCACUUUAUACAAGGACAAAUGUGAUUUUGAAGACAUUCUGAUCGAAAUGGACCGCAUACUACGCCCAGAAGGCGCUGUUAUUCUCCGUGACGAAGUAGACGUGCUAAUGAAAGUGAAAAGCAUUGCUGGGGCAAUGAGAUGGGAUACAAAAUUAAUGGACCAUGAAGACGGUCCCUUGAUCCCCGAAAAAAUUCUAGUUGCAGUCAAACAAUAUUGGGUGGUCGGGUCAAACUCCACAUCCUCACGCUAAUCUCGCCAAAAAGCAGACUCCAAUGCGUUAAUUUAUCGAAAUUUUCAUGAAAUCUUGGUCUGCUCUUUUAGUGAUCAGUUGAUCUGUGUUCAUUAGCUUCUGAUUAGUUAAGUUUUUAUAUUAUAUUUCGUUUGUUGUACUGUUUAACAAACAAAAGCUUUUUUUUUUUUUUUUUUUUUUUAAUUUAAUGGGAUGUAAUCUUUUUUUUUUUUUAUUUUUUUUUUAUGAUUAUAGUUGAAAGAACAAGAACUUUCACAAUCAGUUGUAGGGUUGCAUGUUGGAUCUCCAUAAAGGUUUGAUCUUGGACAAAUUUAGCAUCUGGCAUGUUCUUGUCC